ACUUGAGCUCGAUACGGCAACGAGGGCAAGCGCAUGAACUCGACCUGACGUCCUUAUACUCCCCCUUCUUUCAGCGCACCUUUGUUUCAAAUCUGUGAUCAAAAGGCUCGAACGCACUAGUAAACACCUUAUUGCCUCCCCGCCAUGUCUGGUGAAGAGGCAGGCGGCAUUGGCGGUUCCAUCUGUGCGAUAUGCUGUGCCACUACGCUCACGGCUUGGUGCAAUCUGAAGCCCAGUGGCGCGCGAUGCUGUGGGAGUAAUAAGCAGAGCGGAUGCUGUGGUUCAUGCUUUGACUCGGGAUUCCAAGAGGACUCGUGGGACAAGGAGGCAAGGAAGGAGGAGCAACGCCAUGCGGAACGUGUUGCCGCAAGGCAACUUCAGCCCACCGAACCCAUGAGUCGGCCUUAGCGCGGAUCGCAUGCAGCGCACGAAUAUGCAUGACUGCUUCUGGCGUUGUCGUAUUUAUCUUGGACUUGUACCAUGUCCUGUCCUUUCGUUUACAGCGGUCUUGGAUGCGUUCGACACUCGACUUCUCAUCACCAACCGGACAUCAUCUGCUGUAGCUUCUUGACACCGAUACUGUAUACCCAACCCAUUAACCUAUAUACAAAAGAACUACAAUAUCAUAACUUAUUGCAAAGCUACAGAAAGCAUUGGUGAUGUGUGGUACAAACUGCAAACAAAACUCGACCGCGAU